AUGCCUCCUGGAUGCCCACCGGAAGAGCUUACCUCGGUCAUGUGGCGUAACAUACCCAAUCGUUAUACUUACGAGAUGCUUGUUCAAGUGAUGAAUGAGCAUGGGUUUGAGUACGGUAACAAUCGAGAGUACCAUAGUGUCUACCUUCCUUGGGACGACUACAAUAAGUGCAACCGUGGCUAUGCUUUUAUUAACUUGACCUCGAGGCCGGUAGCCGACAGGUUUAUGACUAUUUUUAAUGGUUAUCAAUGGCCGAGGAACACGACUAGAUCGAGUAAGACCAGUUGUGUUACUUGGGCAACAACCCAGGUCAAACACUUUAGCUUUGACGACUCUCCUGGUCAUGAUGGUCAGCCAGAUGGGUAUAUCACUGAUGGUAGAUUCAGAGCUUCUAGUCACUGCAGUACGGUUGUCACUGAUGGUACCGACACUGGUCGUAAAGCGGAUGUCCCUCAGGACUCCCCCAUCCAUAUGGUUACCAACAUGACCAACUACGUGGACCCUCCUCCAGAGAACACAGUAUUCGUUGGAGGCCUAUCGCCUGCUAUCAACACAGCUGAUUUAAAGGCUCUUAUGUCUCGACAAUUCGGCCCAGUGAUCGACUGUGAGGUGAAGAGGUGUCGUAGCACCGGCAAGAGUCGAUGCUUUGGCUUUUGCAGCUUCGAGAGUUCCUCCUCUGCUGUGGCCGCUGUUGAUGCCAGUAACUCGGCUCUUCAGGGUAACCUCUCGGCUGGUGGUCUGUUGAGGCAUUUGGGUUCAAGUGCCCGAGUCAAGCACUAUGAACAGGUACCUCGUAGGUCCUAUUUGUCCAUGAUCGAUGCUUCCAACAACAAUGGUAUACUUAAUAACGGCAAUACUGAUGUUCACGAGUGCUACACUCGUAGGGUCGCCGUCGACUGUUCGACCACUGGGAAUGUACGUACGGCUUCCCCCACUACCAUUACGUCGGUACCCACUAGUAUUGGUAGUAGUCCAACAUUAUUCUCGUCGGCACCUGGUGGGGCUAUUGAAGAGGUCAAUGGUGGUUUCGAGUCCCUAUUGGGCGACAAUAGUCGCUACACUGAUGAACUCAAUCUGGACUGUCUACGUAAUGUUGGAGAGGAAGAGCAGAAGCGUUAUGGUUUGCCAAGGGCAUCUGCAUACACUAGUGGUGGUUGUUAUUAUCUGUAUGCUAAGGACAUGGUUGAUGAUGAUAAUAGUAAUGCAUCUGAGGAUCUUUACCAACCUUGGGUGCCAGAUGAUACUUACACUACCAGCGAACAGCGCAUCACUACCGACCCUGGUUGUGCCCAGCAGUAACAGGUAUAACGGUCUAUUAGGAUCAAUCUACAUCAACAUCAUUUUUCUCAUUAUCAUAGCAGUCCACCAUUAUCGUCGUAAAUACUUAGUACAAACUAUUUCCAGUGCCCCUCUUGAUUGUUUAGAGGUAUUUUUUUGUGCCAAUUCGGAGCGAGUAAGUAGUUAGAACUCUAACAUGUCAUAUUACUAGUCUUUGACAAAGUCGGUGAAACUUUGUAUUAGUUUAGAUUUCACCACUAUACCCGAGCCAUGCUCAUUUAUGCUACCCCUGUGCUCUAACUGGAUAUUAUCAUCAUAAAUAGAAUCGUAGGAGUGAGUUUUGUUAUGGUGGAUAAUACUAAUAAUAAUCGCUAUUAUGUUUUUACCAAGGACGAUUAUGCUGCACUACUUAUUGUUAUGUUAACAAUGGCAUGAUAAAGCGUUUCGUAUUGGUAUGAGACAUUUAUGAGACG